CAGUUAAUGGAUUACUCUAUCAACAUUACCUAUUUAACACUAGAGGGACAUGUGGAUUUAGAAAAGUGCAGAUAUCUUUAUUUUACAUUUGCUCUAACUCUGUAUGUAUUAAUUGUUUGUUUUAAUACUGUUAUCAUUGUUGUCAUACAAACAAACAAACGCCUCCAUGAGCCCAUGUACAUUUUCAUUGCUGCUUUGCUUAGUAAUGCUCUCUAUGGAGCGACUGCUGUUUAUCCCAAAUUGCUCACUGAUUUACUGUCUGAAAAACAAAUAGCCUCAUAUGAAGGUUGUUUGUUUCAAGCAUUUCUACUUUACACAUAUGGUUUGGCAGAAUUUACACUGUUAUCAGCUAUGGCCUAUGACAGAUAUGUGUCCAUUUGUAAACCAUUACAUUAUGCAACUCUUAUAAAAAUGUCCACUGUUAGAAAGCUAACAUUUUUAUCAUGGUUUUUGCCAUGCUGUGAAGUUGGUGUUGGUGUUAUUUUAACAUCCAGAUUACAGCUUUGUAAAUAUAAAUUAAACCGAAUAUUCUGUGAUAAUUACUCUAUUGCAAAACUAAGCUGUGGUGAAAUAGCUAUGAAUAAUUUAUGGGGACUUUUAUUUUUUAUCAUUGGUGUAUUUCCUCCAGUGAUCUUUAUAAUCUACUCAUAUAUUAGAAUACUCAUUCUUUGUUCAAGUAAUUCUAAAGAUUUCAGAAAAAAAGCUCUUCAGACCUGUUUACCUCAUCUGCUUAUUUUUAUAAAUUUUUCGGUCAGUGCAUGCUUUGAAAUUAUAAAUAACAGAUUGGAAUCAAAGCAAAUUCCACACACUCUUACCAUAAUAUUUUCAGUUAAUCCUGUAGUUAUCCCCCCUUUAUUCAAUCCCAUAAUAUAUGGAUUAAAAUUGAAGGAGAUUUUUAAUAGUAUUAGGAGAUUGAUUUUUUGGGGAAAAGAAGCAAAAGUUUACAUUUAA